AUGUUCAUCAGCCCCUCGCUGCUUCAACACGCUGUCAUUGGUGCCAACUAUAAUGCCUUGCGAAUACUCAUCUCUCAGACCUCACCCGUCACACUCCCGGUAACCAUCAAGACUCUCUUUCUAUGGACCAAGAAUCGCUUCAGAAGUGACAUCGAUCAAAGCGUGUGGCGCGAGAUUAUGGUUGGUCUACUUGAGGUCCGUUGCAAUACAGAGCACUUAUCAAGAAAGGUGGACAACGGCAAUCAAGUCAGAAGUCAUUGGAGAGCAUUGAUUGAUAUACUGGUGAUUGUUGCGUAUUCUGAAGAUGAGCUACUCUGGAACAAAUUGCAACAACUGAGAAAGGUGCUCAACAAAACCAUGGUCGUGCCGUUUGAUAAGUUUGAUCAGAUCACUUUGAAAGAUGGUGCAUUGCAGACGGCCGACCCAACCAAGGCCAUUGGCUACCUGAAUGACCACCUGGAAUAUCAAGUUGAUUGGUCGACCUCGCUCACUUCGCACAUCGAGAGCACUGUGAUACUGGCAAGACGAGCUGGUUUGGAUAUCGAUAUUAUGAUGGACAAGAUCACUCUAGUGGUUGAUGCUCUGUCGCCAGCUCCACAAUGCCAUGCACAGGACAGGAAACAGAUCAUUGACACACUAUUGUUGGCUCAGAUCAUCACCCAUCAAUUCUCAUCAAAGGAAGAAUAUUAUGUCGAGCUCUUCAUGUACGUCACCAAACUCUUUGUACAGUUGAAGCGAGUGGAUCUCAUUGAAUACUUCAUGUACGAGAUUGGUCUUUAUAUCGGUGAGCAGUUCGAGGCAUUGGCAACACAUGGCUCUCUCGAGCUGAUCCUCGCCGCCACCCAAUCUAUUCUAUCAACACCCAAGGAGGACUCGAGAAAGGCACUCACGAUGGGACUUAUUGCUGCACUUCGUAGAGAUGAUCAAGAUAGUGAUGCCAUUGUCCGUCACCUUUCUGCCCUUGUCAGUGUGGAAGGUUUCGGGAAGGAAGACGAAAUCAUUAUUGUCUCAUCUGGCGAUAAGCUUCUGGCCCUCAGCAAGUUCAUGUUUGAACAGAGUCCAGUAAUAAUCAAGGAUCGUAUGGAGUUUGGCAGGAGGAUCAUUCGAAAUUGCGGCACCUUAGAGACACUUCAAUGGUUCUUUGGCACCAAGGAUGACAAUGAGAUCCUGCGCCACCUAGGUGGAUCGAAUACUCGUAUGACAACAGAUAAUCAAGACAACUCUGAUGCCGAGGAUGAUGACGAUGAUUAUGAUGAUGACGAUGAUGAUGAUGAUGACGAUGAUGAUGAUGAUGAUGAUUAUUAUUAUGUCUGGCUUAAAAGUGACCCCUUCAACAAGAAUGAUCUAGAAGAUGACUUUACACCUACAAGGUGGUUCCUCCAUCGAAUUGGCUACCAACUCUCCGAUGGAUUAUUGAAAGAUCAUAAUCUCUACAUUUGGGACAAUCAUUCAGAUAACACAAUGUGCACAUAA